AUGGCAUCUGGGAGCCAGAGCAGGAGGACUUCAACAGGGCAACAUCCAUCAUCUGUUUGGUGGGAAGAAGCAAUCCUUGGUGAUCAAACAAACUGCUGUAGUGGGCAUCGACGCUGGUCUUGCAAGUGGUGUUCGUUGAGAGACAAAGUUUCAGGUGUGGAUCGUGUGAGGGGACAUCUCACAAGGGAAGCUGGUCAUGAAAUCUUAAGUUGUGAUGUCAUCUCAGCAGAGAAGAGACAACAGCUUAGGGAGAUGGUUAAAACCAUCGACGACCAGGGAAUCCGGGAUUCUUUUGAUCCAGAAAGGAAGGAAGCAAUGGAUAUGGCUAUAGGACGAUUUUUCUGGAACGAGCACAUACCAUUUGUGAAAGCUCGUUCUCACCAUUUCAAGGAGAUGGUGCAGCAGAUUGCAAGGCAUGGAAUUCCCUACGAUCUUCCAACAGAGACAGCAUUGCGAGAGCAAUUGUUGCAAGUGGAGAAAACCAAUCUUGAAGUUCAACUUGCCAAGGUGAAGGCACGUUGGAAGAAUUGUGGGGUUACUCUUGUUGCUGAUGCAUGGAAUGACACAAGAAAUCGACAUAUCAUGGGGCUUGUUGCAUAUAGUAGAGGACAGUCGACUUUUCUUGAGGCCAUUGAUAUAUCUUCUAGUGGGAAGACGGCUGAUAACGUUUUUGCGACAUGGGAGCGAGGUAUCGAGAUUGUUGGAGAGGAGAAUGUUGUUCUUAUUGUCACGGAUGGUGAGGCUUCAAACAAGGCUGCUGCUAGGCUUCUAGAGGCGAGGAAGCCAAAGAUUAUGUGGGCUCCGUGCUUAGCUCAUUGUUUGAACAACAUUCUCAAGGAUUUCGCAAAACUACCAUGGAUGGUUGGGCUGCUAGACAAGGGAAAGACUCUGGUUGGCUUCCUCCGGAACCAUUCGUAUCUAGUAGCGAUUUUGGCAUCCUUCUCUUCACGACUGUCACGAAUGUGA